GCUCGAAAUGCGAGAGGAGAUAGUGGAAGAAGCAAUAAAGAUUUGUUACGAGAGAUAUAUGGAGCGCCAGAUAGCGCCGUUCACCGCCCACUGCGCUGCGCAAGCCUGGCUUAAACUUAUAGACUGGCAUUUCUACAAGCACGACCCAGGUGAAGACCCCUCCGCCCACCCCCUGCUUCAUCCCCAAACGCUUGGAAUCCUGGACGCCCGACGAGAUGCCCUCCCCCUCGCCCAAGGACGCGUGGGGCCGGCAGAACCUGAACGUGGUUGAAGAGGUCGUAGAAGAGACGUUGACUAAAUGGCCGAGCUCACAGUCUAUAGACUUGCCUGUAGUGGAGGAAAUUCCGCCGGAGUGUCGGUUUCCGGGUAAAGUGAUGCUGCCGGGAUACAUGGACGAUGAAAGUUACGAUUAUGACUCCAUUACUUUCGACGAGAGCAUGUCUUCAGACAUGGCGACGGAGAGUGAGCUGCUGCAGAAGGUCACCAACUACACUCCAGCUGAGACUUCCAUCAAGGACAAGGAAUCAAUGACCAUGAUGACAUUCGGCUCCCAAAAGGGCACUGCCACGAACACAACAGACAUAAACCUAAGCUCCCUCCACGGAGGGGGUGAUUCAGCCACCCAGCAAUCCAGGAUACGGUCCCACUCGACUAAGAGCAAGAUCUUCAAUCGAUCAAGCAUGCUAGGCAGAUCGAGAAACUCUCUGCCUCCUCUCCAUUCGGACUCGCGAUCCAAAGGAUCUGUCAUCUCAGACUGUCGGCUGAGAAGCCUCAGAUUGGACACUCAGUACGAGUUAUCUUCAGAGAAAAUAGAUUCGGCGCCGAAGGUCAACGUCAAAAGAAAGUGAAAACCC